CACUUCGCAGUCAAACCAGCCUUUUCUCGCCCGACAUUAUUUUCACAUUGACUCCGCUCACGGAGGCUGAAACGACGGAUGCAAUCAUGGGAGAGACACGUUGGGACAGUUUAUUUACAUUCGAAGGGCCUGUAUAAGUUUAGAGGGAAGCCGCUACGUGUGUCUCCCUCUUACUUUCACCGACCCCCUCCUCCUCAGCUCGCAGAAAUUUAUAAAGAACAAAAAAUCCGACCAGGGAGGGAGGGGGGUUGAUACGCUCAGGCUGAAAUCGAGAGGCGAACCUAGGAAAGGGGAGUAAUUUGUACACGGGACUUUCCCCCCCUUAGUCCCCCCAAAAGGAGGGGGAAAAGUCGCAAUUGUGGAAACGAAAAGGAGCUACGAUCUAAAGACGUGAAAACGUCUGCAAUUGUGGAUACUUUAUAUAUUUUUAUUUCGAAAAAAUAUGGCCGAGAACGUUCUGGACUCUGGCCCGCCUUCAGCCAAGAGGCCUAAACUCUCCUCUCCGGCACUUUCUGCCUCCGCCAGCGAUGGAAACGAUUUUGGCUCGCUGUUUGACCUGGAGCAUGACCUACCAGACGAGCUCAUCAGUUCCUCGGAGCUGGGGCUGGUCAAUGGCGGGGACAUCAACCAGUUGCACCCCAGUAUGGGAGGGGGCCCCGGGGGUCUUGGUCCUGGGGUUGGAGGGAUGGGCCUUGGAUUGGGCCCUGGCGGAGGGGGUCCUGGCCCCGGCGGAGGGGGCCAGGACGCGGUGGCCAAACACAAGCAGCUGUCGGAGCUGCUGCGCUCCGGGGCCCCGCCGGCUUCCACCCAACAGGGGCACCCUGGUGCCAUGGGCAACCCAGGAGGGCCCACCUCCAUGGGGCAACACUUGGGCAACAUGAAGGCGUCCCCGUGCCAGGGGCCUCAGCAGCACCUGUCCUCCCAGCAGCAGGCCAGCAUGAUGCAGCAGCAACAGCAACAGAACUCUGUAGCUGGGAUGGUGGGCAGCAUGAGCAGGGCCAUGAUGGGAGCCCAGCAGAAGGGCAACAAUGGACCCCAGCAACAGCCUGGGAUGAUGGGGGGUCAGGUGAUGAACGGCUCCCCCAGGAUGGGCUUUGGGAACCAGGGCAUGGGUGGCGGAGGCAACCUGCUGGCAGAGACGUUGCAGCAGCAGCAGGUAGCCGGUCCGCAGGCUGGGAUGAGAGGUCAGCAGCCUGGAGCCCUCAAUAAGAUGGGUAUGAUGGGGAACCCGGGAGGCCCAUACGGAAGUCCGUAUGCCGGCCAAGGGACGCAGGGUCUGGGAGGCGCCGGGCUGGGACCUCAGCUUCAUAACAAAGGGCCCAUGUCCAACCACUUGGCCCAGUACAACAUGGACAAGAAGAACCAGCCCAUGCAGGGCAUGGCUGCCAUGGCCUCCCAGCAGGCACAAGCAGGCGUGGCUGGCCCCCCAGGCCCCGCUGUGGGUGGGGCUCCAGGGUUGGUGCCCAACGUCCAGGGCGGUCUUGUGGGGCAAGGUGCCCAGCAGGUGUCGGCGGCGGCCGCGGCGGCAGUGGCCGGAGCGCCGCCUACGGCCGACCCGGAGAAACGCAAGCUGAUCCAGCAGCAGCUGGUGCUCCUGCUCCAUGCCCACAAGUGCCAGCGGCGAGAGCAGGCGAACGGCGAGGUGCGGCAGUGCAACCUUCCCCACUGCCGCACCAUGAAGAACGUGCUGAACCACAUGACCCACUGCCAGGCCGGCAAGAACUGCCAGGUGGCCCACUGCGCAUCGUCACGGCAGAUCAUCUCUCACUGGAAGAACUGCACGCGGCACGACUGCCCCGUCUGCCUGCCCCUGAAGAACGCAGGGGACAAGAGGAACCCCCAGUGUGAGUCUCUCCUGGGCGGUGCGGGUCCAGGUCUCGGGAGUUCGCUUGGAUCGGUCCCUGGUGGACCUCCGAGCACCCCCAACCUGAACCCUCCCAGCCAGAUCGACCCCAGCUCCAUAGAGCGGGCCUACGCAGCGCUGGGACUCACCUACCAGGGGAACCAGAUCCAGGGGCCCACGCCACAGGCCAAUAUGCCCAGCCAGGCCAUGCAAGGCCAGCCAGGGAUGAGGUCACUAAACCUGGGUGCGAACGCUAUGGGAGUGAACGGUGGCGUGGGGCUUCCCUCUGAUAAUCAACAGGCAAGCCUUCUCCAGGACACCAUGAUGCAUCUCAAUGUGAACAGCCAGGGGCUGAUGAAUGACACGGGAGGCGUGGGUUCGAUGCCCACAGCCCAACCGCCCUCGGCCCUUGGUAUGAGGAAGAACUGGCACGAGGACAUCACGCAGGACCUGCGCAACCACUUGGUGCACAAACUGGUGCAGGCCAUCUUCCCCACCCCGGACCCAGCAGCGUUGAAGGACCGGCGGAUGGAGAACCUGGUGGCCUACGCCAGGAAGGUGGAGGGCGACAUGUACGACUCGGCAAACAGCAGAGCGGAGUACUACCACCUCUUAGCGGAGAAGAUCUACAAGAUCCAGAAGGAGCUGGAGGAGAAGCGGCGGACCCGGCUACAGAAGCAGGGCCUGGGUCUGGGGCCUCCUGGCAUAGGCCAGCCCCCCACCGGAAUGGUUCCCAAUGGUCCACACCUGGACCCAUCGAUGGUACGACCCGUAGGAUCUAACCAGAUGGCCAAUAGGAUGCAGGGCCCAGGUAUGAACCAGUUCAAUCAGAUGGGAAUGCAGGGACUGGGCCAGCGCUCCACGCCCCCUCUCUCCAUGGGCCCCUCCGGCCAGGUCAGCCCGCGACAGAUGGGGAUGGUGGGAUCCAGGAUGGACCAGCCCAAUGUCAACCAGCUGCAGAACCAGUAUCUGUCCCAGGGCCAGUUCCCCGGCCCAGGGCCUGGCGUGGGCUGCGGGCAGCCGGGCAUGUCCCAGCCUGGCAUGAACCAGCCUGGCAUGAACCAGCCUGGCAUGAACCAGCCUGGCAUGAACCAGCCUGGCCUGCCACAGCCCGGCCCCCAGGGAGGCAUGGCCCAGACACAGAUGGGCACCCCUCCCUCUCUGCCCGUGGCGAGUCCCCUGGCCCAGCCCGGCUCGGCGGGCGGCCCAAGCGGGGUCCCCUCCGUGGGGCCCAUGGGUCCCCAGAGCGUGGGCAGCGUGGGUCCCAAUAACACGCUCAGCGGGCCCCCGUCCAACAGCCAACAACCCCCCAACUCCCUCCCUCACCUGGGCGCCAUGCGCGGCAGCUCACCGUCGCCCGCCCGCAGCCGCACCCCCACCCCUCACAAGACCCCCCCCAGGCUAGCCGGCUCGCUGACCCCCCAGCCGCACACCCCCAACGCUCCCCAGCUGCCGCCCCCUCCGUCCCUCCAGCAGACCCAGCACGGCCAGGGCCCGGGCUCCAACAAGCCCCUCCAGCCGCACUCUGUGCCGCCGGGCUCUACCACGCCCUCCCACUCUGGACUGACCUCCAGCAUGACGCCGCACAGCGCUCAGCUUCCACGCACGCCGCUGUCGCAGAAGGGCUCGUUCCAUGCGGACGGCCAGGCGCUGACCCCGGCGUCGGUCAGCAGCGUGGACAACUCGUCGCAGCAGGCCCAGUCGGACGCCUCGUCGGGCCAGCCGGAGCCCAAGACGGAGGUCAAGCAGCAGCCGGACGACGACGAGGACAGCGGCGAGUGCUCCAAGGGCGGCAAGAUGGGCGGCGUGAAGGCGGAGGAGAAGCCCCUGGUGAAGCUCGAGGUCAAGAAGGAGGAGUGCUCGGGGGAGGGCGGCAAGGGCGUUCCCAUGGAUACGUCGUCGGCGCCGUCGUCGUCGUCCUCCUCGUCGGCCAACGUGAAGACGGAGAUGAAGGUGGAGGUGAAGAAGGAGCCGAAGGAGGAGGAGGAGUCGCCGGAGGCUGCCAACAAGAAGAAGAUCUUCAAACCAGAGGAGCUCCGCCAGGCGCUGAUGCCCACGCUGGAGUCUCUUUACCGGCAGGACCCAGAGUCCCUGCCCUUCAGGAUGCCAGUGGACCCCCAGCUGCUCUGCAUACCGGACUACUUUGACAUCGUGAAGACCCCCAUGGACUUGUCGACAAUCAAGCGGAAAUUGGACACAGGACAAUACCAGGAGCCCUGGCAGUACGUGGACGACAUCUGGCUGAUGUUCAACAACGCCUGGCUGUACAACCGCAAGACGUCGCGCGUCUACAAGUACUGCUCCAAGCUGGCGGAGGUGUUCGAGGCGGAGAUCGACCCCGUCAUGCAGGGCCUGGGCUACUGCUGCGGCCGGAAGCUGGAGUUCUCACCUCAGACUCUGUGUUGCUAUGGGAAGCAGCUGUGCACCAUUCCCCGAGACGCGGCCUACUUCAGCUACCAGAACAGUUCACCAAAAUUUGGGCUUAUCGCUAACAGGUACCACUUCUGUGAGAAGUGUUUCAACGAGAUCCAGGGAGAGAUGGUUUCCCUGGGCGACGACCCCACGCAGCCUCAGACAUCGAUUAACAAAGAUCAGUUUGAGAAGAAGAAAAAUGACACACUGGACCCCGAACAGUUUGUGAAAUGUUCAGACUGUGGACGUAGAAUGCAUCAGAUCUGUGUCUUGCACCACGACACGAUCUGGCCACUAGGUUUUGUAUGUGACGGCUGCUUGAAGAAGACGAACAAGACGAGGAAGGAGAACAAGUACGCAGCCAAACGGUUGCCCCCCACCAAGCUGGGCUCCUUCCUGGAGAUGCGGGUGAACGACUACCUGAAGAGGCAGAGCCACCCGGAGGCAGGGGAGGUCGCCAUCCGUGUGGUCCACGUCUCGGACAAAGUCGUGGAGGUCAAGCCCGGCAUGAAGUCCAGGUUUGUGGACAACGGGGAGAUGUCGGAGUCGUUCCCCUACAGGACCAAAGCCCUGUUUGCCUUCGAGGACGUGGACGGGGCCGAGGUCUGCUUCUUCGGCAUGCACGUCCAGGAGUACGGCUCGGACUGCCCCCCUCCCAACCAGAGGCGGGUGUACAUUUCCUAUCUGGACAGUGUCCACUUCUUCCGACCCCGCGAUCUCAGAACCGGUGUGUACCACGAGAUUCUGAUUGGCUACCUGGAGUAUGUCAAGAAGCUAGGCUACACCACGGGUCACAUCUGGGCCUGUCCGCCCAGCGAGGGGGACGACUACAUCUUCCACUGCCACCCCAUGGACCAGAAGAUCCCCAAGCCAAAGCGUCUGCAGGAGUGGUACAAGAAGAUGCUGGACAAGGCCGUGGCCGAAAGAAUCGUCCACGACUACAAGGAUGUCUUCAAACAGGCCCAGGACGACCGGCUGACCAGCGCCAAGGAGCUGCCCUACUUUGAGGGGGACUUCUGGCCCAACGUGCUGGAGGAGAGCAUCAAGGAGCUGGAGCAGGAGGAGGAGGAGCGCAAGAGGGAGGAGAACAGCACCUGCAACGAGAGCAUAGACGCCGCUAAAGGAGACAGUAAAAACGCUAAGAAAAAGAACAACAAGAAGACAAGUAAAAACAAGAGCAGCCUGAGCCGGACCAAUAAGAAGAAGCCGGGCAUGCCCAACGUCUCCAACGACCUAUCCCAGAAGCUCUACGCCACCAUGGAGAAACACAAAGAGGUGUUCUUUGUGAUAAGGCUCAUCGCGGCGCCCAUGGCCAACACCCUACCGCCCAUCACGGACCCCGACGGGCUGAUGGCGUGCGACCUGAUGGACGGCCGCGACGCCUUCCUCACACUGGCCCGCGACAAGCACCUGGAGUUCAGCUCGCUGCGCCGCUCGCUCUGGAGCUCCAUGUGCAUGCUGGUGGAGCUGCACAACCAGAGCCAGGACCGCUUCGUGUACACCUGCAACGAGUGCAAGCACCACGUGGAGACGCGCUACCACUGCACCGUGUGCGAGGACUACGACCUGUGCAUCGCCUGCUACGCCACGACGACCCACAAGCACAAGAUGGAGAAGCUGGGCCUGGGCCUGGACGACGAGAGCAGCAACGCGGCCGCCGCCGCCACCCAGAACCCCGGGGACUCGCGGCGCCUGAGCAUCCAGCGCUGCAUCCAGUCGCUGGUGCACGCCUGCCAGUGCCGCAACGCCAACUGCUCGCUGCCGUCCUGCCAGAAGAUGAAGCGCGUGGUGCAGCACACCAAGGCCUGCAAGAAGAAGACCAACAGCGGCUGCCCCAUCUGCAAGCAGCUGAUCGCCCUGUGCUGCUUCCACGCCAAGCACUGCCAGGAGAACAAGUGUCCCGUCCCCUUCUGCCUGAACAUCAAGCACAAGCUGCGGCAGCAGCAGCUGCAGCACCGGCUGCAGCAGGCCCAGAUGCUGCGGCGCAGGAUGGCCAGCAUGCAGAGGGUGGGCCAGGCCCCCAUGGGAGUAACCCCCGGGGGCCUGCCCUCCCCGGGGCCCAACAACAACGGUGCCACGGGCCCCAGCACCCCGACGUCUGUGGGGCCGCAGCCACCCACGCCGCAGACCCCUACCCAGGGCAAUAUGCCCCAGCAGCAGGGCAUGGGCGGCAUGGGCAGCCCCGGACCCCACCAACCGCAGCUCCAGCAGCUGCAGCAGCAGCAGCAGCAGCAAGGCGGAGGCAUGACGCCAGGACACCACAUGCACCAGUUCUCCCCAAUGGGUGGAGGAGGUGGAGGGGUGAUGAUGGGCUCCCCCCAGCCGCAGAUGGUUCCCCAGAUGCAGCAGCAGCAGCAGCAGCCCCCCAACGUCCAGCAGCUCCAGCAGCAGCAGCAGCACCCGGGGGGCCUGCCCCCGUACACGCCCAGACCCCCAGGAGCCUCGCCACUCCACCCGUCCCUGGGGAAGCCCGGCAUGGGACCUGCCACGCCGCCGCAGCAACAAGCCGUCCCAGGACAGGGCCCGAUGCCCGGGCAGGGCCCGCAGCAAGGGCCCCCCCCGGCGGCGGUUGAGACGGCCUUGAAGAUCCAGAGGCUAGCGGAGACCCAGAGGCAGAUGGCCCAGGCCCAGGCCCAGAUCCUCCAGAGGCAGGGCCAGGUGGGCAUGAUGCCCCCCCACCCCCACCACCAGAACCCCCAGGCACAGAUGGGCAUGCAGCUCCAAGGAGGUGGGAUGGUUGGGCUGCAGGGCAUGCCCCCCCAGGCCCAGGGCGGGGCCAGCAGGACUAUGUUAGACCCCCAGCAGCCUGGCCUGAUGGCAGGCAUGCAGCAGGGAGGGCCCCAGGGUCAGCUCCCGCCCCAGGUCCAGCAGCAGCUGCAGCAGGCCCAGCAGGCCGCCGGGGGCCCGCUGCCUCCCGCCAACCAGCAGUGGGGCGCCGGGGGUCCCGGCAUGACCCCCCAGCAGAGGCCCGGCAUGAUGCCUCACAUGACCCCUCAGCUCGCCCAGCAACAACAACAGCAACAACAACAGGGGCAGUUGCCACAGCAGCAGGCAGGAAACCGGGGCUUGAUGCAGCUGAUCGGGGGUCCGGGCGGGGCGGCGGGGGCGGCUGCAGCCAUGGCGGGUGCGGCGGGGUCGGGGAACCUCCCCCAGGCGGCGCUGCAGGACCUGCUGCGGACGCUGCGCUCCCCCAGCUCCCCGCUGCAGCAGCAGCAGGUACUCAACAUCCUGAGGGCCAACCCCGUGCUCAUGGCCGCCUUCAUCAAGCAGAGGGCCGCCCGCUACCAGGGCGGGGCCGGGAGGGGGGGCCCCCCUCCUCCGCAGGGCGGCCCCGGAGGAGUGAGGUUCGCCGGCCCGGCGGGGGGCCUACCCCCCGGUGCCGGAGGCGUAGGGGGCCCCGGGCCCGGCCAGAUGGCCCCCAUGCAGCAGCAGGGCGGCCAGCCGGGGAUGACCAUGGCCCAGGGUGGAGCCGGAGGGAACAUGCCCACCAUGGCUCAGCUCCAACAGCUGCAGCAGCAGCAGCAGCAGCAACAACAACAACAACAGCGACCGAUGUUGCCUGGCAACCUUCAGCAGCAACAACAAAUGGCUGCGUUGCAGCAGCAGCAGCAACAACAGCAGCAACAACAGCAGCAACAACAGCAGCAACAACAACAACAACAACAACAGGGUAGCAUUCAACCAGGACAGCAAGGCAACAUGUCCACCAUGAAUCCCAAGUAUAGAGAGAUGUUGAGGAGACACUUGCAACAACAGCAGCAACAGCAACAACAGCAACAACAGCAACAACAACAGAUGGCCAACCACGGGCAGUUCCAGCAGCCUCAGGGGCUCCAGCAACAAGCCCGCAUGCAGCCUGGGCAGGGUCAGCCGGGCAUGGCCCCUGGCUCCCAGCCCCAGCCGGGCGGUGGCGGAGGCCCCCAACAGGGAGGGCCCCAGCAGGGCGGGCCAGGCCAGCAGGGCUAUGCAGGCCAUACCUCUAUGUCCCCGCAGGUGGCUGCGGCGUUACAGCAGAGGCUCCAACAGCAGCAACAGCUGCAACAACAGCAGCAGCAGCAGCAGCAACAUCAACAGCAGCAACAACAGCAACAGCAGCAGCAGCAGCAGCAGCAGAACUCACUGUCUGGGCUGCAGGGUCCAGAUGGAGGGGCCGGCGGAGGUCCAGGGGGUCCCCAGUUGCAGCCCGGCCCAGGGCAGGGUCCCCCCCAGGGGGGCGGUGGGCCCCAGCAGGCCAUGCUCCAACAGGUGUACAACCAGCGGCUCCUGCAACAGCAGCAGCAGCAGCAGCACCUGGGCGGGGGCUCCCCGGCGCCGCACAGCGGCCCCAUGAGCCCCCAGCAGCAGAUGGCCCAGUCGCCCCACCCCCACCUCCAGGCGGGCGGCUCGCUGGGCAGCCAGGUGCGGUCGCCGCAGCCCUCGCCGCGGCCCCAGUCGCAGCCGCCCCGCUCCAGCCCCUCGCCCCGCACGCAGCCCGGCGCCCAGCCCCAGCCCUCCCCCCACCGCAUCUCGCCCCAGACCCAGACGGGCUCCCCGCACCACGGCCACCUGGGGCAGCACCACAUGGCCCCGCCCCCGCCCCACCCCCCCACGGCGGAGCAGCAGUACAACGCCGACCAGAGCGCCAUCCUCUCCCAGCUCAGCGGGAUGGCCGCCAUGCACGCCGCCCCGCCCCCGCAGCUGGACAUGCUGGGCGGCAGUAACAAUAACAACAAUAAUAACAAUAACAACAACAAUAGCAGCAACAGCAACCAGGAGCUGGGAUCGAACAUUAACCACAAUAGCUUAGACAUGAUUUAGCCAAGGCUCCGGACAGACCCGCCCUCCCCUCUGCUGAUGCUCUGACCCCGCCUCCCACCCCGCUCCCCCGCUCUCUCUCCCGUACCGGCGAGGAGGAACUGCGUGAAAUGUCGGGACGAUGUCUUUUGGGGGGGUUUUAAGCUUUUUAUUUUUUAUUUAAAUAUUUUUCUGAUGUAUAAAUAAAAAGAAACUGAAAACUUCCUUCCUAUGGGAGAUGCAACAUAAAUCUUUAGAAGUCAAUAAAUGAUUAAAUUAAGAAGCGAUGGUAAGUUAUAGUUGUUAAUAUAUAUAUAUAUAUAUUUUUGCCAAUUGUGUACAAAAAAUGGUGGAAGCUGUGGUAUUUUGGGUUUGAGCUAUUUCUUCCUUAGUCUAAGACACAAUAUUUUUGGGGACUGAGAAUUUUUUUAUGGAUAUUUUUAAGAUUUUAAAUGUGGCAAAAAAAUACCUAAAAGCGAGUUGAUACAAUGUACAUUUUUCUGGUUUUUCCUUUUGGUUUCGUUUCUCCUCCAGUAACUCAGUCAUGAUUGUAUCUGUUUUGCAGAGAAUUGUAUUUUUUAAUUUCCAACUUCUCCGUAAUCCUUUUAUUUUUUAAGCGCUCUGGUUUUUGUUUUCUUUUGGUUUUGGUUUGUAACACAUAUCUUCCCUUCCAGGAUUCAGACGGUGUUUUUGCAGCGGCUGCUUCUAUAAUCACAUUCUUUUGUUAUUAUUACAAUCUGUUUUCAUUAACGGCUUUGCGCGUCCAAACCGUUUUCCUCGUUUCAAGUUUUCCACAAUGGCAGUUGUAAGGGGAUUAGAGAGCUAAAGGAAACGUUGUUGUGGAGGGAUGGGGGCGGGGUAUGGACCCCCCCCAGGUGUCAUGUCAGCCGGAAAGCAAUGAUGUGAGGUGGUCCUUGGAGCCAAUUCCCCACCCCAUAUGCACCUUCCUCUCUCCUUUCUCCUUUUGAAUGUGCACUGCCUCUUAAUUACCCCUCCCUCUUGCCCCGCCCACUGGCCCACCCCCCUUUCCCUGAAACGAUGGCCAGCUGAAUUGGUGUUUUUUUAUUUGCAAAUUGGAGGCUUAUGGAAUGGUUUUAUGUAUGUGUGUAUGUAUAUACAUACUUUAUAUAUAUAUAUAUAUAUACAUAUGUGUACAUAUAUAUACAUAUACUUUAAUGAACAGAGGAAGAUGGAAAAGAGUUGGGCUUCAGAGAAGGUCCAUUUCGGCUGCGAAAAUCCUUUCUGCGUUUCGAUGGCGGCUUCUCUGAAGUCUCUAACAAUCGUUCAAGUAGUGUUCUCCGCUCCUCCCCGUUUCCCCUCUUCUCGACCACCCCGCGAAAAAUAAGGUUCUAUUUAAUGUUAUUACUGUACAAAGAAAAUGGAUGGACUUAAAUACUGUUUUUUCUUUUUGUAUUAAAAAUGAAAAUCAUACAAAAAUUAUGAGCUGUACAGACUUUUAGAUCGAGCGAGCUGGGGAAUUGUUCCCUGCUUGUUUUCUUUUUUUUUUUUUCAUUCUCUGUAUAAUAACUUGAAGUACUCCUGAGCCACUGUACAGUAUUGCGACUUUUCUUUUUUUAGAGGUACAGUAUAGGGUGUAAUCAGUCAAUGAGAACCAACGCGCCUUUUCAACGUGUAUUUUUGACAAACCUUUAGGGGAUGGGAAGGGAAGUGGGUUCCUUGUAACAAGUUAAAAGUAUCUUUCAAGACAAGACUCCCCAGACAUGAAACACAACAUGCACAAAAUAAAUAUACAAAACCUGGGGGAGGGCUGGAUCAGACUGGGCUGGAGCAUUAUCUAAAUUUGGUCAUUUAGCUUUUAAUGGAGACAAGUGAAGACAAUAUAUACAGGCUCAAUAUUUUUCUGAGGCCUAGCUUGCUGCGGGGUGGGGGGGGGGGGGGGGGGGUAACAGGUGGCAAUAUAUCAUGAGACUUAUUUUAUAAAACACAAGGAAACAAAGUACUCUUUGUCUUUUAUAUAUAGAUAUAUUAUUUAAUUUUAUUUUUUUGGAAAUAAAACUUGAAUCUACAGGAAUUAUUAGAUAACGCCGUGGUUUUGUUUUGUAUUGAAGACGUUCUAAAGUGAUGCAAAAUGACACUGCGAGCUGUUUGCUCUAGGGGGCUGGGAGGGGAUCUGGAGAAUUAUCAUGCCACGCUUUUUGGUUAUUUUUCUCUGAAGAAAUGUUUAAUGUACAUGACCUAUAGAUGUAAACAUACUGAAUCACUGUACAAACUGAUGGCAACUGAACAAAUAUAUUGUUUUUAUCAUUUCUUCUUUGAAAAGAGACUGGAAGUAAAACUAUUUAAAUAUUUGUUGUGUAUUUAAAUGGAACCUUUUUGACCACUCUUUUGUUUUUGUUUUUUCGAAGAAAAAAAUGGUGCUUGCUGAGAAAAAAGCAAAAUUAAAUAACUGUUGCUCCAUUUUUCAAUAGUUUCCUUUUUUUUAAGUUAUCCUGGUGGUCUGAAUUUUUUUGCCAAUAAAUUAAUUGUACAAUAAAGUAUGUUUGUACCAUUGGGGAAAAAUA